CGCGGCUUGCUCCGCCCAUCGCUGGCUGGCAGGCAACAUCACCGCGCAAUUAUUAUUGUUCUCACCUGCCUGGGGUAAAUCGUAGAUGCGAUUAAACUUGUGUGUUCUAUCGCAAUGUUCCUACAUCCUCUACGAUGACCAGAUCGUUGUCGCCACAAACUGAUAGCCGCAGUGUCGAAAGGCUGCCCCCUAACAAGCGGCGCCACAAGGUCCCGGCCUCAAAUCGCCGCCGUGUGGUUUGCGCUUGUAAUUCGUGUAACGUAAGACGUAUAAAAUGCAGCGGAGGACGGCCCUGUGAAGCCUGUGCCCGAAAUUCUCGAGAAUGCAUGUAUCCAGCAACUGGGGAGAGAAUAUACGUCUCCAAAGACGAGUACGAAGCUCUCAAAACAGAUUGUGCUGUUCUGAACCGGUGCUUGGAAGAAAGCGUGCCUUCGUCAGUGAAACGGGAAUCUCUGGUGCAGAAAUGGAGAGAUGCAAUGUCCCACCCUUCUUCCGACAAAUCUGAAGAUGAUCACGAACCUAGUGAUCAUCAUGAUCUUCCCCAAGGUCGCGUGCUAAGAUAUUCAGAUAAUUACGCAAGAUUUCACGGAGCGUGUGCCGGGGGUGUCUGGAUUGACCAGCUUCGUAGCUUGGUCCGCUUACUGGAUUCGAGACUUGAUAUGUCUACAUCAUCUUUCGGAUCUCACUAUGGACGUAUCCACACUUACGACUCCAGGCCAAUCGCAACUCAUCAGGUGAAUGCCUUGGAUUUGCCGCAAAUUGAUGAGAUUACUGGCCUGCUUAGUGCAUUCUGGGGGUAUACAGAAGAUAGAAACGAUCCAUACGGUUGCGGUGGUAUCUAUUUCUGGGGUAGUCUAAAUGAUAUACUUCGAUACGCUGGUGAUGCAGCCGAAGGAGUCGCGACAACGGGGCUUUGCCUGCUUAAUGCAACUCUGGCACUGGCAUGCCAGUUUGAUUGCUUCCCAGCACAGCAAGGAGAGCAUAGCCCAGGCGAAACAUUUUUCGCUAGGGCAAAAAUGCUCUUGGGAAAUGUCUUGUGUAACUCGACGACUACUACCAUGCAAGCAUUGACUUUUAUGAGCUACUAUCUUUUGGGCACUGGCCGUAGAGACACGGCUUAUACUUAUAUAUGUGCCGCUAUGAGGAUUGCAAUUCUACAUGGCUUUCAUGAAGGCUGGGUUGCAAAUGAGAGGCAGAGAAGAGAAUUCUGGAAUAUGUUCAUUCUUGAUCGCUGGGUAAGCUGUCUUACUGGGAGACCUUCAAGUAUCAAGAAUGAAUCAUUAAGUAUUGGUCUUCCAGAAAGGGUCACAGGAAGGGAUGAAGAUCUUCCGCCUCCCGAUGGUCUCAGAGCUCAUGUCAAGCUGGCCUUGAUCAUGGGGGACGUCACAUCAAAGAUUUACGGCUCCAAUUCUCGGAAAGCGGGACUUCCAACAAUCGUCGCACAUAUUAAUGAGUGUUUAGCGAGACUCACAGAUUGGGCAGAUUCUUUGCCCACAAGCUUGAGAAUCACUAUGUCUCCAAGCACGGAGAACCCGAAUAAAAUCAUCCUUCAUCUAAUCUAUAAUCAGCUUGUCCUAUUAUGUACCCGACCUCUCCUUUUCCUAGCCGUGAAGACGAGACUUUCUUUCUACUUGGUCGACAGCACAAUCAACCGACGAUUGCAAUUUCCAGACAAUCUUGUCAGAAGAUGCGUCGACGCCGCGCGUCAAAAUGCAUCGCUUAUCUGUGGGCUGGUCGAAUCACGGCCAGCGGUCAUGAUGCUAACUUUACGCUACCACUACUCCUUCAAUGCUGCCACAGUUCUAGAACUAACCCUCCUACUACCCCAACACAUGCAACCCGAGGACAUCCAGCUCAUCGAGAACGUGCUAGAAGAUCUCAAAAACCCCGGUCAGAGCGAGAACGAAUGCUCUCUGGAUUGCGCCAAAAUGGUAGCAGAGUUCUACGCAGUUGUGGAGCGGUUCCGAAAUUUGACACUCAUGUCAUCUGACUCUCCGGAUUCGCAUGCGUCGUCUGACAGUCAGACAACCUCGAUCACUUCCAGCAGGGUGCUUUCGGCCGUUGAGCUAUCCACUACUUACCUCCCGGAAAUCACCCUGCGGCCCGAUGACCCGCAUCGAGGCUCCCUCUGGCAAUCCCACGAUAAGCGGGGCCUAAGUUAUUAGAUAUUCAAACUGAGUCUGGCUCUGAGUCAGCAGAGCCUCACCUAUAUGCAGUAUACACUCAGCUGCAAUCAUGUUAAUAGUAUUUUUUUUUGGGCAUUUCUAACGCGUAAGUGAUGCGGAUAAGGGAUAGGUAGGGGCCAAAAAGGCGCCUAAAUACGAGAUUGACAUUUUGGACCGGAUUACAAAGCAGUCAAGAACAUAACAAACAACCUUCGAUCCUUCUCGUACAGGUUAAGCAUGACUAGACGAUGACGCGGAUUAUUAAUAUAUUAUAGUUUAUCAUAUAUUAAUUUUUAU